CACUGGGAUAAUGCCUGAUGCGUUGACUGUUGAUGAGUUUAUUGGUGACACUCUGAAUGACAUCAGACAUCCUCUCAAAUCCGAUUUUAUUUCGAAAAUUUCAAGUGUAAGGUGUACAGUAUACAGCCUAGACGAGGGUUUAGAGACAGAUCGAAAUGUUCUUAUACGAUCAAAGAAAUUAGUAAAGUCAGUUGUCGCCUCUGGAAUAGCAUAUGCUGAACAAAUAACAUUAUUAUGUGACUUUUUAGAAAGACUUGGCCAAAUAGCUUUGGAGGGUAACGAACCCAAUGGGAAUGACAUUGCCACCAGUCUUUGCAAGUUCUCCGUUGUUCACCGGGACUUAGCCAACAUGACAAAGCAUUUAAUGCAGAAUUUAAACAGUAUCGUAGUAUUUCCAAUGGAAACAUUUAUGCAGGGUGAUAUUAAAAGCGACCUCAAGAAACCCUUCGAGAAGGCACUUAAGGAUUAUGAAUAUAAAUAUGAUAAAUUACGGAAGGAAAAAUUACAAACAAUGAAGGAAACUGGAUGCUAUGUUCCUGAAGCAUUUACAGAAGGAAUGACGAAAGAUUUAGAGAAAGAACGUCGAAGGCUUCAACUUGAAACUUGUGAAUAUCUGAUCAAGGUGAAUGAAUUAAAAGCAAAGCGUGGCGCUGAUCUCCUGCAGCAUUUAAUUGAUUUCUUCUAUGUUCAAACUCAUUACUUACGUGAAUGUUUAGGUGUGAUGGAUCAUUUUGGAAAAUCAAUGACUGAUUUAUCUAAUCGAGUAAAUGAAUUGCACAAAAUUAAUGAUAUACAAAAACGUCGUCUUGUUGAUACUCGAGAAGAAGUCAAGGGAGUUUUAGAUAAAGAGUGUGAUUCGAUUCGUCGGAAAUCCCGUCUAUUCGGACAGUCAGUACAAACUGGUGUCACGUAUGCAGCACAACCAACUCCAUUGAAUCGAGCAUUUGGAACUAAAAAAAGUGGAUUUCUACUGAAAAAAUCAGAUGGAAAGGUUAAACGUGUUUGGCAACGUCGUCGUGUACACAUUGCUGAUGGGGAAUUAUGUUUGUAUCAUGCAGAUGAAAGUAAACCACCUGUACGCCUAACUUUACUCACUUGUCAAGUUAAAUUACCUACGGAAUCUGUGGAUAAUGAUUCAAUAUUAAAUCAUAGUACUGGGGGUGGUGGUGGUGGUGGUAAUCAACACUCAACAACUUCAGAAGGAAAACUUUACUUUGAUCUUGUCUCAAGUAAAUAUAACAUUAUUCUAGUCUUAUUUCAUCAGCCAUAUUCUACUAUAGUUAUGGUUUUCAUUAUUGAUAUAAUUACUGGAACAGUAGCGUUUAUCUCCACCUAAAUGCAAAAUGUUACUUCAGAACCAGUCUGCAACAACACCGAAACUAGUGAUUGCGUGUGAAGCAGUUGUGUUCAUUGAUAGCUUCAUUUUUAUUGGAAGUUUCACCAGCCCUUGUGGGUUGAUGUUUGAGAAAAUCUCGACAUGAAAUCAGAGAGCUUGAAUGACGUUUUUUGGUUUGGGUCUCUUGUGGAGUUGGCGAGAUAUCCGUUUGGUAACUGAGAGACGAGUUUGCUGCUGAUUAGUCCACCUCGUUCAAGAGUAUAGGGUAUUCGUAGGUUACUAACAUUCAAUCAUAGAUGUCUUUGAAGCAUUACUUGUGUAUUUUAGUUUCAGGAAGUUAGCAGUGCUGAGGUUAGACACGGAAGUGUGUGUAAAUAUGCCACAUUGACCGACGAGGUGGUGAAUCUUUAUCGACUUAGAUAGUUAGGACAUGUAUUACGUGUGCCCAUAUACCAUUUACUUCGAUUCGCGGUGAUAGCUGGUGUAGGGGUAGGUUCUCCAAUCGUAUAUUCUAUGCAUAUUCUUUCCUAUUAUCGCUAAUGCUAUUACUGCCUCUAGUACUGUGGGAUUUUCCCUGAAAAUUUCAUCUCACUGUGUCAGUAGGGUAUAGGAAAUUGAGGCGAUGUAUACAUGCUUCAAAUCUAACGUAGCUCUUGACUGACUGAAUUCAGUAGCGUAGUGGUUAAAGCAAUUGAAUUUCAACUAGUAAUUGGUUACAUGUUUGAAAACUAACUCCUAGUUUGGUUUCAGCAGCCGGGUAAUACCAUUAACUUCUCAUAUAAAUAUUGUGGCUCAAAGAUUAGUAGUGCGUAAACCUGUGCUCGUUAGGUGAGUGACAUCUUAUCGAUAUGAUUACAAAAGGGCUGUCAGCCAAUAGAAUUCUAGGGGCAAACAGAAUAAAAACGUAGUGUACUUGACAAAAACAUGCUGUGAUACAGUUUAGCAUACAAAAAAAGUUGAUCGAAAACAGUAGUAUUAACUGGCAUCAUUAUUAAAGAUGUAACUGAAAACGGCGGAAAAUAAACAAAUUUAAAACAAAAUGAAACAUUCAAAAAGUGAUAUAUCAAAGCAAUAAAUAUGAAAUUAUAUUUGUUAAAGUCUCAGAGGUUGUAAUUAAUUAUUUCCAACAUUCCCAUCUAUCUUGUAAUUGUUUAUUCACAUGGAUAAUCAAAAUUAUUGAAGAUACAGGUCGCGCAAACAAGUCUGUGCCGAAAAGCACCGUCAAAACUUGUUCACAUGUUGAAUAGGAGUGAAAUAUACUCAUUGAUUCUUGGUCUAAGUCAUCUUCACAGGUGCAGAUUGUGGGAAACCCCAAAUACUUCCUCGAUUAGGUCUGAAAGUGUUUAGAGAAGGAUAAAAAUGUUUGGUUCAAUCAACAUCAAGUAGAAACAUAUCAGAAACAUUUUAACUGAACAACUGUUUUUUUGACACUAAAUUCGGUGUAUUUCCAUAAGCUUCUCGGAGUUAAAGGUCAUUUAUAAAUCAAUAAAUCAGCUUGUUUUCUCUACACAGAUUGACCUUCAAGUUAAGUUUCCAUCCUUACUUUACGCUUUUUCAUUACUGUUUGCUUCCAAGUGUAGGAGUAGUCUAGGGACAUAGAAAGCGCUUAGAAAGUCAAUAGUAAACGUCUGAGUAACAGACAUCACAGACUACCCGUUUUUGGGUCCUCACGAUUAACGUAACCAGUGAUUGAAGGCGAUGAGUGACAUGAUUCAGCAUCGUUCACAACGGAGCAAAUCUAUUCAGUUUUAAAAUUAUCAUAUGCUUUUUACUCCACGAAUUUAUUCAUUUUCCUCUAUUCAUGUUAUGUGUGCCUAAUCGUUUUUAGCUAUCACCGAUAGUACUAUUACUACUACGGUUAUUGCUUUGACUUUCAUCUCUCUUUGCUGAUGUAUGGUGUGGGAAUGUGAGUCGUUUCAUAUAUAUGCCAGUUUUUGCAUUGAUUAUGACUGUCUGAAAUAUGCUCAGAUUAUGACAUGUGAAAAUUUGUUGUAUGUAAUUCUCAUAUAAACUAAGUAGUCAUAUACAAUUUGGAUUUAGACAAUUCAUGUCAUGCAAGAUUAAGCCUCACGAAGGUUUUAGAUCAGUACACUACUAUUAGGACAAUAUUAUUAAUAUUAUUUAAACUCAUAAAUAUUGGCACAAGGAGGCACCAAAUACAUAUGCGCCACACUUCAUCAUUUGACUUGUGUAAGUGCUGGGAUACCCCUAGAUGCCCAAACUGAAGCAAGUGGUUUACUCAGGAAACCACUCCCCCAACCUCUGACUUAGAGGUCCAAUCCACAAGGCAGUGGAGCAACGUCAGGAGGUACAGUCUCAUGGUAGCUGGUGACCAACAAUAAGUUCACACGUCAUUUGUUGUCUCGGGAUCCUGGAGAUCAUGUGCACCAUUAGUUUGAAGUCAGCGUUUCCCAACUGCUAUAGGUGAAUCCUGCAUAUACACCAACCUGGUUAAAGCGCUGGAUAUUCGAUAACUAUCUAAACAAACCGAGUGGCAAUUCGAUUUUUCACCCUUCCGGACUUUAGUCAAUGUUCCAACUAACUAACCCAAAUGUCAGUAUAGUUUGUGGAAGAUCCUUUCAUUUUGUACAUUUCCACUGACUACAUAAGUUAUCAUGACAUUCUGUUAUAACUCCAAACAACUCUUUUCUCGAUAUAAAUCACUUCACAACUUAUCAUGAAAUCUAUGAAUUGCUUCCCAGGUAAUUAAGUGGUUUGUUCAGAAGUUUAAAUUUGUGAAAAUCAUUGCAAUACCAUUUUUUCUUCCUCCCAUAACUUUCAUAGAUAGUCGAACAUAUAACUUCCAAGCAGAAGAUGAACAAGAAUACGAAGAAUGGAUAAGUAUUUUAAAUAAUGCAAUGCAAGAAGAAUUUAACAAAGCAAUGAAUGGUGAAAACUAUACAAAUUCACAAUGUGAUCUAUCUGAAACAACACUGAAUUUAUCAUCGAAUCGUCCCAUAAGCACUAAUAAAUGUAAUAUUACUAAUGGUGAUAGCUUGGCUGCCGAUAUGGAUUUAGUCUAUUCAACUUUAACUGGUCAAGGUAAUAGUCCCAUGAAUAAUAAUCCCUCGAAACAUAUGAAAUCUGAUAGUUUUGGGGAUAGUCUACCAGGAAGUGAAAAUGAUUUAUUAGAUUCUAGCGGUUCACAAAUUAGUCGUUCACGUGAAAGUCACUUAGAUAGUGCAGAUGCUUUUUCAACAGAUGGUAUUAAUGCGACUGAAUCUAAAGGGCGUCCAUCAAAAUCAUUAAUUCAAUCUUCUUUACGAUUCUGUGCACCUGGUAAUGAAGUAUGCGCUGAUUGUGGUCGACCUGAUCCCGAAUGGGUUAGUGUAAAUCUAGGUAUAUUAAUUUGUUUGGAAUGUUGUGGUGCACAUCGAGAAUUAGGUGUACACCAUUCACGUACUCAAUCAUUAUUGAUGGAUGAAUUAUCGACUAAUCAACUAUUGUUACCUCGAUUCAUCGGGAAUCAACUCUUUAAUAGUGUAUAUGAGUCUAGUUUGCCUGCAGAAAGUAAACCGAACGCUUUAGAUUCUGUUACUGAUCCAACUGAUGGAAUGACACAAAGACGUAAUUUUAUUAAAUCAAAAUAUGUUGAUCGACGUUUUAUCACGAAAACAACAUCGGAUUCUUUAAUUGUAACAUCGAAUUCACUAGAUUAUAAUACGAACAAUAAUAAAUCUUUCUCAGAUGAUAUUUCAACUACUCGUGAUCCUAUUGCAGAACGAUUUUUAAGACGUGAUCUGUUAAGAGCAGUAAAAACCGGUAAUUUAUCAUUACUUAUUCAGGUAUUUGCUGAACGACUAGAUCUUAUGACACCAUUUCAACCAGAAGAUAAUGAUGAUGAUUCUUAUUCACUUUUGCCUGGAACAACUGCAUUACAUAUAGCUGUUGAGAAAACUAGUAGAUUUUUAAUAAAAUCCAGAUUAAAUUAUUCUCAUGAAAACAAGGUUAAUGUAUCCGAUUUAAGUGAACAACAACAACAACAAAUAACUGAAUCAUUUUUAAAUUUUGAUAAUAGUAGUAAUCGUGAAGCAACCACAUGGAGUGUAAUUGAUAAUCAUGACUUUGAGAAAUCACCACAUAAUAAUUUACCAUUAGUGGAAUUCAUCUUACAAAAUUCUUCAUCAGGUAGUUUAAAACGUGCCAAUAAAUUGGGUGAUACAGCACUACAUCAUGCCGCUCGUUAUGGAUGUGUGGAUGCAUUAAAAUUAAUUGUUCAAGCUGGCGGGAUUCCAACACCAAUACUCCAAUUAACUAAUCAUAAUGGUCAAACAGCAUUAGAUAUUGUAGAAAAUGCAUUAAUACAAUACAAAUUAAAUACUACUACUACUACUAAUACUACUACUAAUAAUAAUAACAAUCAUAUAUUGUUAUUAGAUGCUUAUAAAAAUUGUCAACAUAUUCUUAAAUUAGCUGAUUUCAUUGCAUCUAAUAAUUCAUGUAAAAAUAAUUGUUUAAUUACUGAUUCUAUUAGUUCAUUAUUUUCUAAUACAAAUGGAUCUAUUGAUAAAUUAUCAAAUUAUCGUAAUAAUUUAAUAGAAUUAUUAAAUCAAUUAAAUUCAAUCAAUUGGUAUCCAUUAAAUAUUUCAUCCAUAACAACACCAUCAUCAUCAUCAGCAUCAGUAACAACAUUAUUGACAACAUCAACAGUUCAAUUCAUAAAUAAUGAAAAAAAUCAUUAUUUCUAUAAAGAUAAUAUAGAUAAAAAGAUAAUAACAAUGACUACAAAUACAUUGGUUACAACUAGUUCACCAAAUAUUACAAAUAUACCUAUUUCAAAUAAAUUAGAAACAACUCAUAGUAAUAAUUAUCAAUUAGGAACAUUUUCAUUGUCUCCUAUAAUGAAAUGUGUUAAUCAAUUGAUUUCUACUCGUAAUCCAUGUGAAUCGUAUACACCGAAACCAAAUUCAACUGGGAAACAAAUAACCUUUGAUGAAAAUAUAUGUACCACAGGUAACAGUGUCACACCAACUUCAUUAAAUAAACCUACACGAUCUUACAGUCAGUAUUCACCUUCAAUUCAUUAUGGUAGCGCACUGGCUACAUUACCACGUAAAAAAGGUCCCGCACCUCGUCCACCAUCUGUAGAUGAUCAAAUGAAUGAUCGGAGUGGAAUGCCAAUUAACAGUACUGGUGUUACCAUGUUCAUAAAAGAAAUGGCAUUUCAGAGUUUUGAAUCCGAGUGUUGGAGUACCUUCAAUCGGUUGGAUAAUAGUCGUACAUCAUGUUCCUCAACUGAUCAUGAGAAAUCAUUGCCUAGUGAUCAUAUUGACAUAAUCCUGGAUGUCUUGGAAGAGAAGCCAAUAAUUUCUGAAUCCCUCAAUACUUCUAGUCCUAUCACGGCUACUAAUAAAACUGGCACAAUGUCUUCAACAAUCAAAAAUUCUUGUAUUCCUAUUACUACUUCUAGUAUCAACACAUCUCCUGCAAUUCCACCUAAGCCAAGUUAUUUAUGUAAUGCAAUUUAUUCAACUUUACCUAAUCGAAGUUCACAUCUGAGUAGAAACAGUUCUGUUUCAGUUUGUUCAAAUUUACCUGUCCUCUAUGAUUCUUCCUUCACGGAAUCAUCCCCAGAUGCUUCUGUAUCAACCAAGGAAGUUCAAAUAUCAACAGUGAAUUCAUCUAGUCAUUUAGUUGAUUCCUCAAAAUAUUCAUUAUCACAACAUACAAAUGAUAAAUAUGAUUCUAGUCUUUAUUCAACAUCAUCAUUGAAAUGUAUUAAAAGCUCAAAUAAUUUAUCAAUAUUCAAUUGUAAAAUAGGCGAUCUAUUAGAAGCUUUAUAUGAUUGUGAAGCGGAAAAUUCAGAUGAAUUAACAUUUAAUCGUGGUGAAAUUAUACAAUUAAUCGAUAGACCAGAUAAUGAUUGGUGGGAAGGUUUCAUUCAAUCAGACCCCAGUCGACGUGGAAUGUUCCCAGUGACUUAUGUAAAGCGUUUAUCUGAUAGGUGAUUUAUUUCAGUGCAUUUUUAUACAAGUUCAUUUCUAACCUCUUCUUAUUAUUCUUACCUUUAUCAGCAUUUUCACGGAAUCUGUUCAUAUUGUUGAGCUACCGUCCACACCUUGAUAAUAAUAAUAAUAAUAAUAUAAUUAUUCCCAUCACGUUUCUUUUAUAUAAUUUUCUUUUCUAUUUAUUGAUCCUUGGAUAAAACAAAACAUUUGCCAAUUACGAAAUCACUUAGUCAAUCAUUAAUGAUUUUUGUUUUCAUGCUGAUUAUAUUCUUGUUGUUUCUAAAGAGAGUCAGGUUAGAGCAGAGUAACCACGUUAAUAUUUUUUUCCCAAUCAAUAUUCAGAUUUUCUUUUUUGUUGUUGAGUAUAUAUUUCAUUGCAUUGUAUUGUAUUAUUUUUUACACCUUUCUUGUUGUCACCAUCUAUAUUCUCUGUUGUGUCCAUGGUUAAGGAAGGCGUCGAUGAUGUUAUUGAAUGGGUUGUUAAACCUUUCUGUUAAUGAUUCUGUCUAUACAUAUAUACAUAUAUAUUGUUGCUGUGUGUAUGUGUACAUGUAACGUUGUUUUGUUUACUACGUUUCGUACACACACACACACAUGCAUACUUACAUACACAUGUUUAUCAUUUAUGUAUUAUACUUCUUUAUAAUAUAUCCAUCAUUUGUUGUAUCUUCGUUUUCAGUAUAAAUUUGCUUCGAGUCAGUAGUAGUCUAUACACAUUAACUACAAGUACCGUUUAUAUUCUACAAUCUACGUGUAAAUUAUACUGUAUAUCCUUAUUAUUAUUUCUCUCUACUAUAUUUCCUGUAUUCUUCAACAGAAUGCAUAUAUAUAUAUAUAAAUAUACUACUAGUAUAAGCUGUUGUAUUUUCAGUAGUCGUUUCAUCUCAUCCUUUGGUUAUUCAAUAACUGUCAAAUAUAAAAAAUCAUAUGUUCUUUUGUUCAGUCAUAAAUGAGCAGGAAAUACAUUUCACUAUUUGUUUAUCUUUUUUCUGCCUCAUUCCGAUUAUCCUUUCCCUUUCCAUCACCUAUCCACUUUUGGCAUAUUGUUUCACACUUUUUUUUAAGACAACAAUAUGGAUUAUAUCAAUGAAUAAUUCAUUAUUAGUCUGUUUAUCUGUCUUUCAAUCAUACUGAUCAUGAUGAUGAUGAUGAUGAUGAUAAUAAUAAUUAGACAAAUCGCCCUAAUUCAUCAUAAUCAUUUCAUGUGUACACACAACUAUUAUUUGCUAUUGUUCUGUUUAUUCUGAUUAUGUACCCUCGUACUGUCCUCUCCUACCCCCUCCUUUAUCGCCGCUCAUUUUCUUCUCUAUGUAUUAUAUUCUAUAAAUUGCUAUAGUGAUUCAUGUUAUCUUUUUUGUUUCUUCUUAUUCUUCAAAAUAAAUAAAAAAUAUUUUCAUCAUAUAAUUUUGUUGAUUUCACUACUGAUUCUAUUCAUCAGUAGUAAGAGUAAUAAUAAUAGAAGUAUUGCCGCUCACGUAAUUUGUCACACUGAUUAUUUCAUUGUUUUCACGGUUUGUUUGUUUGUUGUUUUGCCCUUGUCCAUUGAGAGGACUAUGAUAAUAUUUGUCUAUCCUACUCUAUUCUACUCUACUAUCUUAUGUAUGCAUGUGUGUGUGUAUGAUUUGUAUCUUGGAUUCGAAUUUCUUGCCUGUUUUUUAUUAUUAUUUUUAUUUCACAGUAUUAACCUUCAUAUAAUAAUAAUUCAACCUUAUCAUGUUCAAUUAUACCACUAUUAUUACUAUUACGAAUAUUAUUUCUAAUAAUUGCUGUUAAUAAUAAUAAUUCAUAUUUAUGGAAAUAUUAACGUUUUUACAUUUCCUGUUA